AGUGUUAAUUUGAUUUGGGACUUCCAUUACAUAAGGUUGCACAUGUAAAUAACCUAAUCCAAUAAAAGGGGUUUUUGCAAAGGUUUCUAAGUUUAUUUACUUGUAACCAUUUGUCAGUGUGUCAUAUUUCGUGAUGUGGCUGGGUAGGGCUGUAAAUAAACUUAAAUCAGAAAAUACAAGAAGUGUUCCAUUGGACGUUGAGCAGACAAUUUCAUGCUUUUGCAGAAAAGCACGACGCAAAGAACGAGAAGGCGCCGAUACCACCAACACUGGCGACACCAAAUUGUAUUUGGAGUCGGCGGUGCUUGAAUCGAAACUGCCUGAAAUGGAUAUGAGACUUCUAGUAGAUUUACCAGCAGGAUUAGAUUACAACGAGUGGCUAGCAUCGCACACGAUGUCCUUGUUUGAUCACGUAAAUUUGGUGUAUGGAACUGUUAGCGAAUUUUGUACUAUAACUGGUUGCCCAGAUAUGACUGGUCCUGGUCAAAGGACAUAUUUAUGGUUUGAUGAAAAGGGGAAGAAAACGCGAGUGGCUGCGCCCCAAUAUAUAGAUUAUGUAAUGACGUUUACGCAAAAAACUAUCAGUGAUGAAACUAUAUUUCCUACAAAAUAUGCUAAUGAAUUUCCUUCUUCGUUUGAGUCAAUAGUGAGGAAAAUCGUGAGGUUAUUAUUUCAUGUUGUUGCACACUUGUAUGUGGCACAUUUUAAAGAAGUUGUCCUCUUAGGCUUGCAUGCGCACUUGAACUUAACGUUUACACAUCUGACAACUUUGCAUCAUCGCUUCGCACUCAUAGAGCCUAAGGAAACCGAAGUGCUGCGAGAUUUGGAAGUGGCUCUCAGGUUGACUGAAGACAGUAUCAGUCCUGAGACCUCGACGACUGAGAAUGAGUCAAUAGAAAAUGCAGAUGUUGAUAGCAAAUCACAUAAUUCUGACAAUAUUGCUGGUGCAGAGUCGAAAUCGUAGUGGCUAAAAAUAAAUCUGCAAAGAGAAUAUAAUCUAGGGCUGAAUUAGCAAUUUUAACCAUUUUUAGAGCAUGUGAUUUUCCAAGACAUAUUAGUGACUUCUUAUUAUUUUUUUUAGUGCUACAAUUUUUAUUUAUUGUUUUAUCUUUUUAAUUUAUAUACGAUAAAUUUAUAAAUAACAUAUUUUUUAUUUUUAAACUGCCCCGCCGAUAUAGAAAAGAUGAUAAAUGAAAUAGAAUCUGAGAUUGCCCUCCAAAUAUGACGGUUUAUUUUUCUGUAUAUAUUUUUUUUUUCUGUUCUGUCUAUACAUAUAUACUUUAGAGAGGAAGGUUGUAAAUUGUAUAAAAGAUGUGUACUUACACUUUUAAGAGCACUGGUACCAUAAAAUUCCUUAGCUUAUAUUUUAUUUCUGUGUACAAAUUAUUUCUUUAAUUUUAU